GGUCUCACACAGAACUGUGGGGUCGCUCGAAUCGCUUCACACAUUUCUCGGGUGUUUGCUCGGUUUGUCGUUACGGAGUCCAGAGUUUGUGAUAUGGAAGUAGUGGAGCAGCCACGCAUCAUGGCAUCAAAUAGACAUGUUAUUGAUCAACCCACUGAAUCUGACUGCAGCGCGGACAUGAAUACACAUUUUGUUGUUUGUAGGUUCAUCAUGGAAACAGGAGUGAAACUCGGAAUGCAAUCAGUCCCCAUAGCAACGGCAUGUGCGCUGUACCAUCGUUUCUUCCAGUCGGCCAGUUUACGGGUCUACGAGCCCUUCCUGGUGGCCAUGUCUGCCAUCUACCUGGCCGGCAAGGUGGAGGAACAGCACCUGAGAACAAGGGACAUCAUCAAUGUCUCUCACAAGUACUUUGAGGUGGACAGUGAGCCCUUGGAGCUGAACAGUCAGUUUUGGGAGCUGAGGGACAGUGUGGUCCAGUGUGAGCUCCUCAUUCUUCGCCAGCUCAACUUUCAGGUCUCCUUCCAACACCCCCACAAGUACCUCCUGCACUACCUGCUGUCUCUGAAGGCCCUGCUGAACAGGCACGCCUGGUCCCGCACGCCCAUCUGCGAGACGGCCUGGGCCCUGCUCCGGGACAGCUACCACGGGCCCCUGUGCGUGGAGCACGACCCCCAGCACCUGGCCGUGGCCGUGCUGCACCUGGCGCUGCAGGCCUACGGCGUGGAGCUCCCCCAGGGGGAGGCGGAGUGGUGGCAGGUUUUUUGUGAAGACAUCACAAAAUCCACUAUUGACACCAUCAUCUCCAAGCUCCUGGAGCUCUAUGACAUGGAAGCCAAGUGUACUUGAUGCUCAGCGACCGAUAUGGAGCCACCAGGCGGCGUAGCGGGCCGUGAGCUGCGGAGGCCUCCGUGUGCCGGGGAGCGUGCUGUGUGCUCACCCGCCGCCGCUUCCCCGUGGUCUUAGCGUGUGCAAACGGAGCCGGACGCUGGGCUGGCUUUGGAGGCGUUUCAGGGCUGGACUGCGGAGGAGAGGGGCUCCCCCUCUCCCUCUUUCCGACUCAGCGCAACAGAGCACUGGGAACAAGAACACGGGGAACGCAUUCCUCUAUUGUACUCAUUUCUGUACUAGUAUAACUCAUGUCCAAAUGAAUAUCAUUGCUGCCACCUGUACAGUAAUCUUUUAUGGUUCUGCAGCUAGUGUUUAUGAAUGUGUCUGUUACCCUCAGGUGUAUGUUUAUUUUCUCCGAAUUAGUCAUGUUCUCGUUUUUCCCCAUUUUCAUGUCAUCAUUAAAAAUGUCUUUGUGUUCUGUACAUCUGGGAGAAAAAUAUAUACACAGGCUCAACUGCAAUGCAUAAACAGAAGCCAGUAUGAGCACCACAAGCUACAAACUCAGAUUUACAAUCAGAAAUGUUCUGCUUCUUAAUCUUUGGAUUUUUUGAAGGCCCCAUUUACACUUGUCUUAUGCAGUGCAUAUUCUUGACUAAUGCAGAACAUGAAUCAUUCGACGCUUGCGAUCUAAAGAUGACAAAUUGGAUAUAGAUUUGUGGGAAUCCCAUUUGAAUGGCAUGGGGAUUGAAUCUGAGUGUAAGCUCUCCAGCACGCCUUCUCCUGCCCCCAUUGUAACACUGAGAUGUUUAACAUCCCAUAAUAAGCGUGUGUUGCAGUGCUGGCUGUCAGGUUAUCCAGAAUGUGUGCAGAAAGAAGAACGGAUGGGAACUUCAUCUAAAGGCACAUCCCAUUAACAUUAAAAAUGAGUUCCCACGAGUGUCUGCACAUCAAUGUACAGAUUUGAUUUGUCACCUUGAUGGGUCUGUGUGUCUAUACUGAGUGUUAAUAGGGCCUGAAAUGCAUCCAAAGGCUUCAAUUAUGGUUAUCUUAAUAUCUUUAUUUUUAUUUUGGUUUUUUUUCAUUGAAAUUUGGCUGGAGCACACCAAUUUCAGAUUUUAGUUCAUGGUCUACCUUAAAUUCAUUCUGAUGACAUUGUUUUUUUUUUUUUUUUUUUAAAAGAUCAUGAUUGCCUGAUCCUCUGGCUCGCAAAAUAAAAUUGAAAAGCAGCGGCCUUAAGCAUGAAAUUCUA